AUGCUACAGGAUAAGAACGCGACCAGGAUGGCCGUUUUGAUAAAACGAGCUUGCAUAGACCUGGAGCAGCGUGAUACUGAAAUUCUAAGACUUACCAAAGAGGUUGUUGAGCUGCGGCUCUUCAAAGCAUCGCUCAGUUCCCCGGAGGAACAUUCAAACUCCAGUGACGCCGUAACGGUGCGAGAGAACACCACCAACGAUGCAAACACACCCAGCUCUCAGGGCAUUUCACCGAUUGUGAAUCAAACGGAUGAGUGUAGCAAAGCCAGUCCCCGGCAUCAUCUGCACAAUCAUGGCAUCCAUGUCGAGGACAUUACGACCUCGUCGAUCCAUUUUAAAGAUUCGUACGUACACACGCAGGAUCGUGCUUGCGGAAGCGACGAUGACAUUGAUGCCGAGAAGCAGCGGCUUGUCGAGAUGUACGAAGCUCGCAUUGAGGAGCUAGUUAAACAGCAACAGGCAGACGAACAGCAGAAUCGCAUGUUCUACAAUUAUCGCGUUGAGGCUUUGCUGCAGAAAUUGUCCGAGUCGAACAGCAAAUACUGUGAUCUGGUUCCAGACUGA